GCGGAAAAUCGUCAGUGGGUGCUUUGAUGGGAUUAGAGUGAGUGAGUGAAAUUAUUAAAUUCCACGAAAAGCUCCCCUUUCUCUGGGUCUCCUGUCUCCUCCUGUGGCAUCUUUUUGGUGAAGUGAAACUCCUGCAAGGCAAUUCACGAUGGCAUCGCGAGAAGCAACGCACGCUGGAAGCUGGUACACGGAUUCAGAAAGCGAACUGAACCGGCAGCUGGAUGGAUGGUUAGCUAAGGCAGAGCUCAGCUAUGGCCCUGCACGUGCCAUCAUUGCACCGCAUGCUGGGUACACGUAUUGCGGGGAAUGUGCUGCAUUUGCCUAUCGGCAGGUGAGCCCAGCCGUUGUGAAGCGGGUCUUCAUUCUCGGGCCAUCGCACUAUGUUCGCAUUAAAGGCUGUGCCUUAACGUCUUGCACCACGUACAAGACACCUUUCUAUGAUCUCAUUGUGGACAGAGCAGGUAAAGAUAAGCGUCAGGAAAAUCCUUUCUUUUCAAAAAUUAACAUAAAAAUAAAUUUCCUGGCUCCAGUGAAUGAGGAAUUGCAGGAAUCGCAGCAAUUCCAAUGGAUGGAUCUGAAGACGGAUGAGGAUGAGCACAGUAUAGAGAUGCACCUGCCGUAUGUGGCCAAAGUGAUGGAGGACUUUAAGAAUCAAUUCACUAUUGUGCCAAUUCUCGUGGGUUCCCUCACGCCGGCCUGUGAGGCAACUUAUGGGGAGAUUCUGGCACCCUAUCUGGCUGAUCCGCAGAAUCUCUUUGUGAUCUCAUCGGAUUUCUGCCACUGGGGCCAGCGUUUCCGCUACACCUACUACGAACGCAGCUGCGGGCAGAUCUACAAGUCAAUCGAGAAGCUCGAUAAGAAUGGCAUGGAGCUCAUUGAGAACCUCAACCCACCGGCCUUUACGGAAUAUCUCAAGAAGUACAAUAACACCAUAUGCGGCAGGCAUCCCAUUGGGGUGCUCCUGCAGGCGGUGGCGCAUCUCAAGAGUAGAGGCUACAGCAUGAGCUUUAAAUUCCUCAAGUACGCCCAGAGUAGUCAGUGCAAAAGUAUGUCGGAUUCCAGUGUGAGCUAUGCUUCCGGAUCAUUGAUCUUUGAAUAGAAAUUUUUGUGCUGAAUUUUUGCAACAAAAAAAUAAAUUGAAGCAUCUCCCCCCGCCCCUCAUUAGCGCACUAAAAGAUACCACAAGCGAAUAAAUUUCAUCGUAAAUUUUAAGUCUCUAAUUAUAAGGAUUUUUCCUUCUUUUCAAAGACUUUUUCAUCCCUUCUCAUGCCAUAGAAGCAAUGCAUGAGAAUGCAUAAUGUCCUUUUAAAAUGAAAACUUUGCACCAUUAGAUUGUAAAUUGAUUUUACAAUUACAAAAAAAAAAGAAUUAGUUUUGGGUUUUAUCUUUUCUUUUUUGUAUGAUACAAAAAUUCAUUUUAUCUAUGAAUAAAGAUUUUAAACAAGAAA